UUGACCAACGGUCGCGGGAAGCACCGAAGUGGGCAGAUCAGAAGUUUGGAAUUGCUGAAAUUUGCUAAUUUAGUAAACAAACACAGAGAUUCAUGGUUAAAACUGUGUUGUGUCUGCGAUUUGUUUAACUUUUCAAAUCUUGAUCAUUAUUCAUCAUACGUAGUCUGAUUAAGCGAUUUUUAACAUACAAGUCCGCGUUCUGUAAUCGGAGGCUCACGUUGCAGCCAUUUUCGCUGUGCGGGGGAUUUUAACGAGCGUGAAUACGUUAGCUAGCUUAGAUUGCUAGCUAGCUGGCUAGCAGACGUGGAGACAUGAGUUUCAGUUGCCGAAGACAACACGGGAGCAAUUCUCCAAAGAUGGGACCUAUUCGGCAAAAAUUACAGUUUACUCCGAGUGACGGAGAAGAGGAGGACUGCAACAACAGUACUGGAGCAGAGUCGGGCUUCACCGAGAUAGACUCCCCACUGCAGCUGCGGCGACAGAAUUCAGCGGAGAGCCAGCGCGAAGAUGGCGAUGUGGAACUCUGGGACGAAGAAGGGUUUGGGUCGCCGUCCCCCGUGAAACAGCGUAGAGCCCUAGUCAAGGGCUCGCCGUCUCCGAGGAAGAGUCCCCGUUCUUACGACAGUUCUUCCCCGGAGAUCUACCGUCGGGAAGACCGGGAAGGGUCGAGCUCUCCAAUUCCCGAUUGCCCAGAUACACCUCCCCAUAAAACCUUCAGAAAGCUCCGGCUGUUUGACACGCCGCACACCCCAAAGAGUUUGUUAUCCAAAGCCCGGGGUGCGGGUACGGCGUCUUCAAGUAGGAGAGUAGCCCUCUUUAAGAAUGCGGACUCAUCGGGGAAACCCAACACGGACUGCAAGUGGAACCAGACUCCCCGAAUUAACAUAAACCCCUUCACUCCCGACUCACUGCUCGUGCAGUCCGCUACACUCCAGAGGAAUACUAGGAAGAGGUCACACUGGAACGACUCCUGUGGGGAAGAUAUGGAAGCCAGUGACGCUGAGUUUGAAGAUGAGAUCGUUCCUCCAAAGAGGAUAACUAUCAUGGAAAGCAACAUGACGUCCCGGUACGCCACAGAGUUCCACGAGCUGGAGAAGAUCGGCUCGGGGGAGUUUGGCUCCGUGUUCAAGUGUGUGAAAAGGCUGGACGGCUGCAUCUACGCCAUCAAGCGCUCAAAGAAACCUCUGGCGGGCUCCAUCGACGAGCAGAACGCACUCCGGGAGGUGUACGCCCACGCUGUGCUGGGACAGCACCCCCAUGUGGUCCGGUACUAUUCUGCAUGGGCAGAAGACGACCACAUGCUGAUACAGAACGAGUACUGCAACGGCGGGACGCUGUCGGACAUAAUAGCGGAGAACUACAGGACCCUGCGCUUCCUGACGGAGCUGGAGCUGAAGGACCUGCUCCUGCAGGUGUCCCGCGGCCUGAAGUACAUCCACUCCACCUCGCUGGUUCACAUGGACAUCAAGCCCAGCAACAUCUUCAUAUCUCGGAAGACCGUUUCGUUCGUCGACGAAUGCGAUGAAGACGAGGGGCUCACGAGAAGUGUUGUGUACAAAAUAGGUGAUCUUGGUCAUGUGACCAGGGUGAGUAAUCCUCAGGUGGAGGAGGGGGACAGCAGGUUCCUGGCAAAUGAGGUCCUCCAAGAGGAUUACAAGAACCUGACCAAAGCGGACAUCUUUUCCUUGGCACUGACAGUGUUAAGUGCUUCAGGGGCGGAUCCUAUGCCCACCAAUGGGGACAAGUGGCAUGAAAUCCGGCAAGGAAAACUGCCUCGGAUACCACAAGUGCUCUCUCAGGAAUUCUUAAAUUUACUAAAGCUGAUGAUCCACCCCAACCCCGAAUGCAGGCCGUCGUCCUCUGCCCUCAUCAGACACCCCGUCCUGCUCACUGCCGCCCGCAUGAGCGCAGACCAGCUGCGCGUGGAGCUCAACGCCGAGAAGUUCAAAAACGCCCUGCUGCAGAAGGAGCUGAAGAAGGCGCAGAUGGCCAAGGCGGCUGCGGAGGAGAAGGUCUUGAGCACGGACAGAGUGCUGACGCGCUCCACCGUCCAGUCCGGCAACCGCACGUCCAGGCUCAUCGGCAAGAAGAUGAACCGCUCCGUCAGCCUGACCAUUUACUGAAGCACUCCGCUUCCCUCGGGCCGCCUUUUCUGCUGAACCGUGAACUGUCCUUUGGAAGCCUUUGGAAGGCAGGCAGAGUACACUUGUGGACAAGUUGGCACUGGCCCUGGACUUCAGCUCUGCUCGGACUGCUUAGGACUUGUAAUAUAUUGGGGGGGAGGGCGUUUCAUUGAGUUUUUUUUUGUACUGAAGCUUGACCUAAAACUUUCCAAUCUUAAUCAAAGUCCUUCAGAGUGAAGGGAUGUUGUUCCGCCCAAGCACUUGAGGGUUUUCCUGCGUAACAGUUUUGCUUCUUAAACUAAAGGGGAAUAAUGUUCCAGAGCAUUCUCUUCAGUGCCAGGGUUUAAGAGCGUUAAUAUUGCACCUUACAGCCUGUGAAGUACCUGGAUUCAGGUAAAGCUGGAUCACCAGAUAAGAUUAAGAAAUUGAGCACUUUGAGGGCGAUGAAUACAUUUGCCUGAUACAGUCUGCUGCUAUAAAUGUUGUCUUUCCGUAGCUAGGGUUGGAGAGAUCCUCAUCUCAAAUCUGGUACAUAAAAAUAAAAAAAAGAUUUAUAUGAACUGCUGUCAGAUGCAGCAAACCAAAACAACAUGUUUGGAUAGAGCAUAUCCAGCACUGUCAAGCCCUGAACAAGGGUGUGGUUUGUUUUAGUUUCUUUAUUUCAGUGACUUAAAUUUAUUUUUCUUCAGAUGUCAUUUUAUAAUACAGUAUUUGACGUAAUCAAUUGAAUAUUUACCCUGGGUCUAAAUUUAUAAAUGCACGUAUGCCUUGGGAAAAUGCAGUUCAUGGUAAUUCAUUUAGGAUGUUUUAAGUCUUUACUUCUUAUGAUGUUCAGUUUAGCUUGUAACGUCAUAAAACACUCCACAGAAGGUUGCAGUAUUGGUGCUAGAAAACGAAUGUUAUUUCUAAUUCCCCCCCCCUUCAGCCGAUCUCUCCAGCCCUGACCGUAGCAUUAAAACAGCCGUUAACAUGUUUAGUUUACGUACAUGAAUAAUGCAUUUAUUUGUUUUAAUGCACAAUCGGUGCAUGGAUUUGUGCAUUUGUUUAUCACAUUUUGUAGUUUGUUCACCAUGUGUCUGUCACAUUCUCAGCUUUAGAAAUGUCACAUUUUGUUACAGAUUGUACAAACAGUUCUCAAUAAAUUCUCAUUUUCAGAA